AUGCCCUCUAAACUCAACGCUUACUUGCUCUCUGCAGUGAUGCUGGCAGCUCUGCUCCAGCUCGCUCCCGGAGCUCCAGUUGUAGACGCGCCCACCGACACCCUGGCAGGUGACACCUCAGGUGAGGAGGAGCCGAAACUGUCUGACCUACUCAGGGACUUGAUGCUUGACAAAACCAAACGCCACAAGGGGGAGUUUGAAGAUGAAUUCAAAGACGUGCAAUAUCUCAUUCUGGACAACUACAAAACCUCCUCACUUCCAAAAAACUGCUCUAAUUCCAGCAUCAGUGAGGAGGUCUUUCUCCACAGUUUGGCCCACGACUUGCUUAUUUACACUGUUAUUCUCAAGUUUGUGGAGAAGGAGUUCCCUAACAGCCGGAUCCCCAAAGAGGCCAGAGUUAAUGGUGGUAAUUUGAUUAGCCUGAUCAAAGGAAAGAUGAGGAACCCUGAACAGGUCACGGCACUCACUAGCAGCCAGGAGGAGGUGCUGCUGAAGGACCUCGACAACCCUGACAUUUUCCACAGAAAGAUGACGGCACACAGCAUCCUGCGCCAGCUCCACUACUUCCUUGUCGACUGCAAAAUAGAAAUCAACAAAAGGAGCCCGUCAUCUGACACUCCCUCAGCAUCAGUGGAAACUCAACUUGCUUCCCAGCAGCGCAACAUGCCCUCUAAACUCAACGCUUACUUGCUCUCUGCAGUGAUGCUGGCAGCUCUGCUCCAGCGCGCUCCCGGAGCUCCAGUUGUAGACGCGCCCGCCGACACCCUGGCAGGUGACACCUCAGGUGAGGAGGGGGAGACUCGCUCUGACCUACUGAGCACCUCCCCGGUGUUGACCAAGGUCCUUGCCACAACCCAACGCCACAAGGAGGAGUUUGAAGAUGAAUUCAGAGACGUGCAAUAUCUCUUUCUGGACAACUACAAAACCUCCUCACUUCCAAAAAACUGUCCUAAAUCCAACUUCAGCAAGGAGGCAUGUCUCCACAGUUUGGCACAUGGCCUACUUAUUUAUACUGUUCUUCUCAAGUUUGUGGAGAAGGAGUGCCCCAACAGCCUGAUUCCCAAAGAGGCCAGAGUUGAUGGCGGUUACCUGAUUAGCCUGAUCAAAGGAAAGAUGAGGAACCCUGAACAGGUAACGGCACUCACCAGCAGCCAGGAGGAGGUGCUGCUGAAGGGCCUCGAAGACCCAGACACUUUCCACAGAAAGAUGACCGCACACAGCAUCCUGCGCCAGCUCCACUACUUCCUUGUCGACUGCAAAAGAAUAUUUAACAAAAUGGAGCGGCCCAGAAGAAGUAUAGCCAACAGGAUCAUGGCACCUGUCACUUUCUACCACCAAAAGCUAAAAAGAUGAAAGUAUUAAAAAUUGCUUAUUAAGGAAUACCUCAGGGAAAUGGGUGAAAUGGGGUGGUGUUAAGGGGGGAAUCAUGACAGUGCAUGCUCUGAGUGCACUAAUUCUACUGUAGGUAUCUAUAUGACUUAAAGGCAGCAGGGCUUGAAACGCCCACUAUUGCUCAUUUAUUUAAUCUAUUUAUACUUGAUGAAAAGUGGUAUUUAUUAGUCAUAGGAAAAUCCAUGAUUGUGCACUAAAAUGCGCAUAAUAAAUGUAUUGAUUGUGAUAUUAUUUGAGCAACAUUGUUAGAAAAAGCAAUAAUUGCAUCUUCUAUUUUUGUAAACAAUGAUUUUAUAUUUACAGUCAUUUUAACUGUUAUUUAUUUACAACUAGUUUCAUUUUUAUACUGAAUUUGCUGUUAACUUAUUAAAAUGCAAAGAGUUGUGAUUGUUUCCAGUUACUGAGUGGAAGGAAUGUUUUGUAGAAAUAAAAAUAGACAUUUGCAUAGAGACAAGUAUUUUCAUUCCAAUGCAUAAUACAUAUUUUCUAUCACCGCAGGGAUGUGACACAUUUUGAAACAGCUUUUUCCA